CGCGGAGCCGGGCCGGCCCCGGGGAGGGACCGUCGCGGGGAGGGGCGCGGCAGCGGCUGAGGGCCUGCUGGUGUUGCCCACGAAGCCGAUCCUGGAAGAGCCUAGCGGAGCAGGACUCAGCCUGAGCCACCCUUUGUCUGUGGGGCCCGUGGCAGGGGAGGACCCGGGAUCCAAGGGGAGGGGACCGGGACGGAAGGGUCUGGAGCAGCGGCCGCCUCAGUGGAACCAGUUUGGGAGCCGGGGUCCAGCUGAGCCCAGGAGCUGCACGGAAUGGUGGCAGUCACCUUGCCAGUGCAGCGGGCAUGGACCAGACUGCAAGUUAGGGGAGCAAGGUAUCCAUCAGAAAAAAGGGACGCACAGCUAGGCCUGAAGCCUCUUCAUCGGGAUGUCCCCAGGCCCCCCAGCCCAGGCCCAGUGUAAAGGCCGUGGAGGGGGGCCCCCCUGACCCAAGGCGGGGCUUCAUGCGCCACGUGCAGGCGGAGCCGUCUUCAUCUUCAGAGCCAGAGGCAGGCCCUUCGCAGCCUCCAGUCAGACAGGGGGCCCUCCAGGGUGGCCUGCUCAUGGGCUACAGCCCGGCAGGGGGGGCAGCAUCCCCCGGGGUCUACCAGGUAUCCAUCUUUGCCCCUCCAGCUGGUGCCUCUGAGACACACAGGGCCCUGAAGCGAGCAGCCCCACCCACUGAGGGUCCACGGGAGCUGAAGAGAGGCCCUGGGCUGGGGACUAGAGAGGGACGACCCCCUGAAGAACCGUCUACUGUGAGGCUCUUGGGCCCAGAGGGCCUUGGCCUGGGACUGGGUUUGGCCAGCCAGCAUUUUUCCCAUCAUGGCCUCUGUGUUGUGGAGCAGGGAGGUAGUGCCACCUCACCUCCCCCCUGGUCCUUGUCAAAUGCUUCUUGCAAUACUUUGCACACCAGAGACUGGGCUUCCCCCGACCCAGGGGCACAGCGCUCCCCAGGGGAGUCCCCAGGGCCAGCCCCUUCGGGCCAGCUGCACACACUUGACACUGAUUUGCACAGUCUUGCACAAACAGGGGGUAAGAGCCCCGUGGCUGGGGUGGGCAAUGGGGGCAGCCCCUGGCCUAGGGAGUCCCCUGGCCCUGCCAAUGGGCACAGUCCCGAGCACACCCCCCCUGGCCCUGGCCCUCCAGGCCCUUGCCCCACCAAGCGAAGGCUGCUUCCUGCUGGAGAAGCCCUGGAUGUCAGCUCUGAGGAUGAGGGCCCCGCACCUCGGAGGCGCCGGGGAACCCUGGGCCACCCUCCUGCUGCCAACAGUUCUGAUGCCAAAGUCACACCCUUCUGGAACCACCUGCUGCCCGGACCCAAGGAGCCCGUUUUGGUAGACUCAACAGACUGCAGUCCUGUAGGGCGGAGGCUGAGAGGUGCCCGUCGUCUGAAGCUGAGCUCCCUUCGAAGCCUCCGGAAGAGCCCAAGCCUGCUGAGCCCUCCCAGUGCCUCCCCUGUUCCUACCCCUGCUGUCAGCCGUGCCCUGCUGGGCAACUUUGAGGAAUCCUUGCUGCGAGGACGCUUGGCACCCUCUGGCCACAUCGAGGGCUACACAGCGGAGAUUGGAGCUAGUGGGUCCUACUGCCCCCAGCAUGUCACGCUGCCUGUCACUGUCACCUUCUUCAAUAUUUCUGAGCAAAAUGCCCCGGCCCCCUUCCUGGGCAUCGUGGAUCUGAACUCCCUGGGGAGGAAGGGUUACAGCGUGCCCAAGGUGGGCACCAUCCAAGUGACCUUAUUUAACCCCAACCAGACUGUGGUGAAGAUGUUCCUCGUGACCUUCGACUUCUCGGACAUGCCUGCUGCCCACGUGACCUUCUUGCGCCAUCGCCUCUUCUUGGUGCCUGUGGGUGAGGAGGGAGAUGCUAGCCCCGCCCACCGCCUCCUCUGCUACUUGCUGCACCUCAGGUUCCGGAGUUCCCGCUCAGGCCGUGUAAGCCUACAUGGAGAUAUCCGCCUGCUUUUCUCCCGCCGGAGCCUGGAGCUGGACACGGGGCUCCCGUAUGAGCUGCAGGCUGUGACCGAGGCCCCCCACAAUCCACGUUAUUCACCUCUGCCCUGAGGGCAGGCGCUCCAAGCCCAAGCAAGCCCACAGGCUGCCCUUCCUGUUCCACCCGGGACCUAGUAAACACACGGAGACAUGGCGAGAGACCCUUCAGGCUUGUGUGACAGCUCUCACCAUGCCCGUGCCCCCGCGAGGUCAGCUCUUUGGGGGUUUCAAAGCUUCUGAUCCAUCCACACCCUGCCCUACUCCGGGGACUUGGUGUGCCUGCCCCUCUCUUGGGUUUCCCAGGCCGUCUUAGGCAGUAGUAGGGAGAAACCGGAGCUACCCUGAGGUUGUCCCAAGUUCCCAGGCAAGUCAAUGCCAGCGUUGCCUCCCUGUCCUGGGCAGGGGCCACUUAUUAUUUUAUUUAUUUUUUUAACUUAUAAUUUAUUCAAAUUGGAUUGCCUUGGUAACCUCCCACACCUGAUCAUUGUCAUCACCACACAUACCCCACCUCCUCCUUUCCCACUCCCAGGACCACUCCAAUCUCAGGAGUAGAAGAGGCUGAUGGGAGGGCAGGAGGAGACAUGCUUGCCCUCUGCAGCAGGCAGAGGGGUUAUUCCAGAGAGACUGAGUCAUUAGCCAGAGACUCAGCGUCCCCUGACCUCACCCACUCCCUUCACUUUCCCUCACCUCUGACCCAUCUCUGAAAGCCAACUCACACAUGUGCGCGCAUGUGCACAAGUUUGUGUUUGUGGUUGUGUGUCUGGCAGACAGAGGGAGAGCACACGCACGCAGACACACACGGGUUAGCCACCCGCGGGCUAGGACCCCUGACCCCAGGUCCUUCUCCUUCUGCCUGUGUCUCCUUGCUUUGGGGUCCUGACUGAGGAAGGUGUCCAGGGGCAGAGUCAGGGCAAAAGACUGGGGUGCCUCUCUCACCUGACCAGACUCUGACCCACCUACCUCAGCUGGGGUGAGCGAGCCCCCCUCAGACUCAGUCACAUGGUCCCCAACUCCCCCAGACCCCCCACUCCACACUCAGACCCAGCCUCAGCUCAGACUUGGUGGGGCUGGGCUAAGAGGAACAAAUGUUUUGCUGAAACUUGAAAACAAAACAAAACAAAACAAAAACAGGAAAAAAAUUAUACCUGGUACUUUUUUUAAGAGAAAAAAAUUUAAGAGAAAGAAUAAAUUCUUGUUUGGAAACUUGAA